AGGGCGUCGCCAAGUGUUGCUGGUGCACCAAGUUUGUCGAGACUCCAGAAACUCAGCAAGGAACUGGCCUUCGCCUGUCGGUCAUCGUCCGAACGGCACGGUCAUCGUCCGUCGUUGGCGGAGGCUGACUGGACUGGUGCUCCACCCUCUGCGUUGAGCCAAGUCGUCGUCACCAAGCUGAGGAGCGCCAAUCAAGGAGGAUUGAAGAUGUAG